AUGUCCACAUCCGGCUUGCCCCCAUGGGAUCUGUUAAAUUUCACCUUUGACUUUCCGGAAAGUGUUCCACAAUGCUCUAAUACUACUUGGCAAUACUGGGCCAAAGAAAAAGUUGAUCCGCAGCCUGUACCACCCUAUCACGCUGUGUUGUACGUUGGAGGGUACCAGCCUUACCUGGUACAAUUUGACAAUACGGCUGUAACCGGCAAGACAAACUGGAUUGCGAAUUUACCGCUCGGGAUGUCGUUUGGGGUCUCUAUGUUUGACUCAAAUAACUAUACUGGUGGAGUGAAUUGCUACAAUCCAUUCGAAUUUGGGGCCAGACUCAUUUAUAUUACUAAAGGUGCUAGAAAAAAAAUUGACAAUGACUUCUCAAGCCAAUUGCAGUAUAUCGAAUCCGCUGAAACCUUCAACCUUGGAUGUCGAAGUGAAGGGGACUGCGAAUUGGCUAUUGUGAACAUGAAGAAUGGAACCGGGCCAUACAAACUAGUGGUCGUGCCAGUAGGUCGCGGACAAAAGACGAUAAAUUUCAGCUCGAGUCCUCUGGGCUUGACACUGGAUAUGAGUGCGGAUGUUGAGUACUGGUAUAUGCAUGUAGUGGCUCAUUACGAUUCGGCGGGUAAUUCAGCUGUCACCGGCCCAUAUACUAUCACUGCAACUUCUAACAACGCUUGCUUGGGCGCGGCAUCGACUGUAAGCGCCGGGAAAUUCUCUACGUUAUAUUCAGGAGGGACCACUACACCUACCUCCGGCACCACGGACACGUCCCCAUCUACAGUUUCAAAUAGACUGGCCACACCCGCAAUCAUUGGCGUGGCUGUUGUUGUGUCGAUAACGGCCAUCAUUAUCACGGCAUUACUCCUCUGGUUCUGUUACAAAAGGAAUCGCCGGCGGCAUGAAUCUGAGAAGCCCGAUAUUGAACCACCCUACGGCUACUCUCACACCCAGUACACCCCAGUCCCGACAACGGCAACCCACUAUACUGGGUCGUAUCACGACGUUUCGACCACAGGCCACUACAAUCCUCAGGUCCCAGUACCUUAUCCACUUGCAUCCAUGUCGGUGGGCGACAGAAACACCACAUAUAGCGGAGAAGCGAGCGGGAGCGAGCCCUCAAGCAUGGGUAUCUCAGAGAAGCGUCGGAACCUCGUUAACCCGGAUGCGCACAAUUUAGGGCCAAUAGAGGCUGAACCGUUUGACCCUAAUUCCGUUUCUGGGACAUCGAGGACACAUUCGGGACUGCCGCCAUUACCUCCUGCCUAUUCAGCUUCCUGA